AUGCCUUUACCUUUGUGCCCAUUGCCCCAAUCCCACUUGAGAAAAACCAGUAGUACAUUCUUGGGGUUCCUGUACCCAAACAAGGUACAAGAACCCCGGUGCGGAGAGCAAGACAAACUAAAAUACCGGGACGUAUUUUCAGCACGUCUACCCUCCUCGCCGUCUAUCUUCACUUCUGACGAGUAUCGGGCGUGGCUCAGUCGCGCGCCCUCCACCAGCGCCAUCUAUGAGCGGAUAAGGAAAUCACACGAGAGGCUACGCACACAGAGAGGCGGAAUGAGGUUCACUUACAGCGCCGAGAACCUCACCGAGAAGACGAGAGAUGUGGUUAUACUGACGGCGGCAAGCGAAGGUCCUUCCUCCGGCCUGCCCCCGGAGGCGCCAGGGAGGCCAGGGACGCAGCCACAACGGCGCCUGACCCGUUUCCUCCCGCAGGAGGCGCCGUACUACGUCCAGCGCCUGCACUUGGGUCCCGGAGCCGGCACGCCCUCGAGGCAGCUCGGGCGCCUGGAGCCUCCCUCUCGGCGGGUGCGGGCGGCGCUGGAGGAGGCCAGGGGCGUGCCACACCCCUCUCCCACCAGAGGGCGUCCUGCGCUGAGGCUCAUUGACAUCAACCCCGCAGAGUUCCUGAAGUACAAAGUGGGCGUAGGCAACAUGGGCGGCGUGACGGAGGGCGUCUCGGGCAUGCUGUGGGUGCACCUGCUGGCGGGUCGCGGGCUCAAGGCCGCCGGCAGGUCGGAGUUCCGCGACCUGUACUGCGUGCUGGAGUGCGACCGGGUGCACAAGGCGCGCACAGUCGUCCGCACCGGGGACCUGAACUUCGACUGGGACGAGACCUUCGACCUGGACCUCAUCAACAACAAGGAACUGGACUUCUUGAUAUACUCGUGGGACCCGCAGUUCAGGCACAAGCUCUGCUACAAGGGCUCGGUGCACCUGGUGAGCCUGCUGAAGGAGUCGCCGCUGCACCAGCUGGCGCUCAAGAUUGAGCCCCGCGGGACGCUGUACCUCAAGCUGCGCUACACGCCGCCGCGCCAGGCCUUCCUCAGGACGCCCGCCAGCCGCAAGAACGCGCUCUUCGGCGUCGACCUCGACACCGUGUCGAACCGCGAGAGCGGCGGCGGCACCGUGCCGCUGCUCAUCGCCCGCUGCGUCGCCGAGGUCGAGCGCCGCGGACUCGACAUCAUCGGCCUCUACCGGCUGUGCGGAUCCGCGACCAAGAAGCGGCUGCUGAGGGACGCCUUCGAGAGGAACCCCAGGCUCGUGGACCUCUCCUCGGACAACGUGCCCGACAUCAACGUCAUCACAGGCAUUUUGAAAGACUACCUCCGGGAGCUGCCAGAACCCCUCUUCACAAAGUGUCUGUACCAGAUGCUGGUCGACGCCCUCACUGUCAUGCUGCCCGACGACCCCGAAGGGAACGCCAAGCUCAUGUUCUCUAUUCUCGAUUGCCUUCCCAAGGUUAACAGGAUGACUUUGUUCCUGUUGAUGGACCACCUCCGCCUGGUGGCCAGCCAGUCCGAGAGGAAUAAGAUGACCACGCAGAACCUGGCCAUCUGCUUCGGCCCCGUCCUCAUGCUCCAGAGCGAGAACCAGGAUCCCAUGGACUUCCACCAGCCGAUCAGCAUCCUCAAGUUCCUCUUGGAUUUGUGGCCUUCCAAGUCAGGUGCCCAAGCAGAGGACUCGCCCCGCCCUCGCCCAGCCAGCGCCGACCUCGCCCUUGGUCCAAAAACCGGCAUUGUUCGUAGUCACCCUCUUCUUAAAGGUAAUCAAACCCGACCUUCAGGUAGUGACUCUGAUGGCCAUGUGCCGUCGAUGGCCCGGCUGGACAUUUCGCUGACAGCUCGGGAAGCGGAAGCAGCGAGUGCUCGGAGUGCGCGGCCCUCGCACCUGGACUCGGGGAGGCGGAAGGGCCCCGGCAGCCGCAUGACCACGCCCCGAGCCACGCCCCGGACCACGCCCACCAGCCAGUCCCCGGGGUCAGAGAGCGACUCCUCCCCGAAUCCUCCUGUUAACCUGCGCUCCAAGCUGGUCCUGGGCGCCAUGGCCCCCUCCGCCGCCGGCGGGGAGGCCCCGGGGGGUGGAGCCGCCAGCAGCGGCGCGCCCUCCGCUCCGGACUCCACCUCCACCACCUCCACGCCAACCUCUUCCAUCACAUCCCCGCCCUCCACCACCGCCGCCCCGACCAACGCCCUGCCAGCCGAGGGCGCUGGGGCGGCGUCAGCCCUCACUGCCACCCGCGGCCUCGACCCCGAGACAGAGACCGAAGAGGACAGGGACGAGGCAGGCACGGCGUCCAGCUGA